AUGCUCUCUUCUACCUUUAUACCCGUGAACCCAACUGGGGGGGCCGAGCCAAUGGCCAACGCCUUCCAAGAUUACGCCCUGCAUUCUCAUGUCGAUGAUGAGACACUUUUUCAACUGCUUUCUGCAUAUAGCCACGACGACUGCAGUAUCUUCGAACAACUUGAAGAUUCAAGAUGGGCUCAACCUCCCUCAUUUGAGCCCUCUCUGACCGUGGACCCUUCUCUGUUGGAGCUUCCAUCAAAGCCCGACGAAUUAUCUGCGCUGCUUCCUCCAGCCCCUGUCGAUUUGGCUGUAUUGGAUGACAUAUUAGAGUCUCCUGUCUCAUCAUCUUCCAAUGGUAACGACAGUACUCAAUCGUCCAAUAUGGUAUCCGACAUGGUUGUGGAACCAGUUGCCCACACAUUUGUCGACACGGUACCCAACGCAGUCUCCGACAUGGUAUCCCACAUAGCAUCCAACAUAGUUGUCGACAUGAGUCCCAACACAGUUCCCGACAUGGUUUCCAACACGUCUUUCGAAACGGUUUUCAACCCGUUCUCCGAAACCAUGCCCGACACAGUUGGCAACAUCAUUCCCAGUACCAUGGUCGACAAUCUCGACACUGUGCGACAAAUCAUUUUGGAGAAACAGAGGCGCUGUCCACUACCCUCUUACAAUCAACAGCCGUUUAGUCAGCCCUACUACAGCCAGCCAUACUUGCCGCCUCAGCCUGCGUACAAUCAGCUAAUGUACCCACCGAGCGCGGCACCUCCCUUUACUCAGCCGGUAUACGCCACUGCGCCCAUUCAUCCAAUGGGUUAUAAUCCAUAUCCCUAUAUGAUGCCGCUGUAUCCCGUUCAGAUGGCGCCGCCUAUGCAUCGCCCACAGCCCCGUCCUCAGCCGACAAAACCUCCAAAAGUCUUUGAAUUCGUCAAUCCGACUGUGCCUGACAAAUUUGUGGCCAAUCCUAACAACCAUGCGCGAUGGGAGGUAGAUAAGGAUGGCAGCCGACAUUAUCUGAAUGCACCGGCUGCUCGGCGUUGA